AAAUAUUUUGUCUGCCAUAAUUUUUGUAUUUUCUCCAUAGAUUUGAAGAAAUAUAAUAUAAGGCUGGUUCCUUCUAUUAUCCGAAUCUACAGUGCACGAUGCUAGCGUCUAUUGUGUUUUAUGUCCUUUUGCUCAUUGUUAGCAUUGGCUUUAGGUGUGUGAUCGUUUAGUUAAUAAUAAUGCUGCUGAUUAAGAAAGCAAUUCGACGAGGUUGGAUUGAUGCUAUUUACUUAUGACAAUUUCUUGCUGUACUGUAUGUUGGUGAAAUUUACUUGUAACUUCUGUGCAGUAUGUAUUGUGAAAUUUGCUUGUGAAUCAAGAUAAGUUCUAAAUCAUCACAAAUUUACUUGAUAUAUUUGGCAUUGCAUUAGCACAAUUCUAUUAUUUUCUAAAAUUGUAGUAGACAAUACUUCUUGUCAUUUCAUUUGUGAUCCUGCUGGAUAACUGUUUUUCAAGUGAGUAUAUAUGGGGUGGUCUUUCUAAACCUCAAAGGUGGACUGCAAGUGGAAGGAAGAAAUAGACGUCACUAUGACUGCGUUUUGUUAUAGUAAAUUAUAAUAAUUUGUGCCAAUGCAAAAAAAUACAUGUCUUUGCCUCUGGCAUUUUCAUGUGUAAAAUAUAAUCAUAAGGAGUACCAAAAAUGACACUAUGCAGCUUCAUGGUCAUUUCUACUACACUAACUUCAUCCAUUUUAACCAACUUUGCCAAAAUUGCAAAAUGUAAUCUACGAAUCUGUUAGAAAAUUCUAUAAUUUUAUUCUUUCUUCAUAUUUUUCUUAUUUAUAUCGUCAAACUGUUUUUUGUGCUGAUUUCAUUUUCUGCAAACCAGAGCAUUAUUUGAAUAUGCAUUUGUUAAAUUUUUGUAACAUUAUGUUGAUGAUUAAUGAUUGAUUGGCUUUAUAGUUUUAUAUUCUAUAUACUUUUUACUAUGCUUUCUAUUUUUAUUAUUUAAAUUAUCUGUGUUUUCUUUGAUUAUGGCGAGCCAACCUGUUUAACCCACCACCUAUGGUGGUUGAGCCAGCCAAACCGUGUGGACUGAAUUUUUUGACAACACAUGGUGAGCCAACCUAGCUAAUAGCUCUAUUCAACAUUGGGUUCCAGGGGAAUCAGAAAAAGAGCAGGGCAUGAUGGAUCAAUGCUUGGUUGUGCACAUCCCGGACAAGCAGCCGCAUGACCUUCACCACCAACCCACUGAGAGUGUUUUUGCUUCAGCCAUCGACCCUAAGCAUGCCAACCAAAUUGUAAGGCGUUUGAAUCAGAUAGCACCACUUGAAGAUCUCCGUCAUGUGAAACGAAUUCAGAAGAAAGUUCUUGAAGGAGGACAAAUAGAGCUAUUGGUGAUCUUGUGUCUGGCCCAUGAAGGCAACAAUCAACUGGAUAAUAUGCCACCUCUUCUUCAGGAGUUGAUCAGUUCCCAUCAGUUGAGUCCUUUUAUCACAAAAGUCUGCAAAUACGCUGCAACAUCAAAAGAAGAGUGGCAAGAGCAAUGCAAAUUUUGGCCAACAUCAUAUCACCCCAGGACUUACAACAUUGAUGGCAUUACUGGAUUUAGCGAGGAGGACUCCCAAUCAGUUUUGAAGUUUAUGCAAUCAGCUGUUGAGAUGGCAACAUCUGAUGGCAUGGUUGUUAAUGCUGCUGUGAUAGUGGAUCCUUCAGCUAAGCAAAUAAUUUCAAGCGCAUGUGAUCAGAUUUUUUCUUGGAACACUUGCAAAGACAACAACUGCUAUAGAAAGCCAGAAUUAUCUAGUUCCCAUCCUAUAAGUUCCAGUAGAUGUAAUCCCCAUGAACCAUUGCAUUCAAACAGUUCCUCCAAUCAGCUUAAACAAUCAUAUACAGAUGUUGCUUGUUUAUAUCCUCGGCAAUGGACUGAGCAGCAAUCUCAUUCACAGAGUUCAUAUUAUUGGCACCCUUUGCGACAUGCUGCCAUUGUAGCUAUAGAAUCAUCUGCUGCCAGGGAUCGAUACCUUUUUUCCAGUGAGGGAAACAGUGAAGAUAGAUAUCUGGAAUUGGAUAGUGAUAAUUCUUCUUGGACUAGCUCUCCUGCGAAGAGACAGAAAACAGUGUGUGCAAAUGGUGAGGAUGAUGAUAGAUUGAAUGCUCAUAGUCAGACUUCUGAUCAGCCGCUGGCACGGCCUUACUUAUGCACUGGUUAUGAUAUAUAUCUUGUUUGGGAACCAUGCGCAAUGUGUGCAAUGGCCCUUGUCCAUCAGAGAAUUAGGCGAAUAUUUUAUGCUUUUCCAAAUCCUAAUGCCGGUGCCUUGGGUAGUGUUCACAGAUUACAAGGAGAGAAAAGCUUAAAUCAUCAUUAUGCUGUUUUCAGGGUUUUGUUACCUGAAGAAGCCCUGCAUAAGUGUCAUACUUAAGUUGCAGAGACUAUUUACUAGCGAGUUUUGAAUGUUUGGUAAUAUGCUAAUUGUUAGAACGGCAUUCUGAUAUUACUUGCUUUCCUCUAGAUUUUUAUGUCGGUUUUGCGAUAUAUUUUUCGUCGGUCAAGGAAGACAUGGUCAGAUUGGCCCUUUGUACCAUUAUAGCUAUGUAUUCGAAUUUUGAUUAUGUUUAAACUAAUUACCAAUCUAAUACAUUCUCUGAAAAUUUUGUUAUGCUGUAAA